AUGAAACACCCUACUGCCCCCUUACAGUUCAUCCACCCAUGGGAAUUACUCCACACACCUGCUGUUCCUAAGCCUACUGUUCCUAAGCCUACUGUUCCUAAGCCUGCUGUUCCUAAGGCUACUGUUCCUAAGCCUGCUGUUCCUAAGGCUACUGUUCCUAAGCCUGCUGUUCCUAAGCCUACUGUUCCUAAGCCUGUUGUUCCUAAGCCUACUGUUCCUAAGCCUGCUGUUCCUAAGCCUACUGUUCCUAAGUCUGCUGUUCCUAAGCCUACUGUUCCUAAGCCUGCUGUUCCUAAGCCUGCUGUUCCUAAGCACACUGUUCCUAAGCCUACUGUUCCUAAGCCUGCUGUUCCUAAGCACACUGUUCCUAAGCCUACUGUUCCUAAGCCUGCUGUUCCUAAGCCUGCUGUUCCUAAGCACACUGUUCCUAAGCCUACUGUUCCUAAGCCUGCUGUUCCUAAGCACACUGUUCCUAAGCCUACUGUUCCUAAGCCUGCUGUUCCUAAGCCUGCUGUUCCUAAGCCUACUGUUCCUAAGCCUGCUGUUCCUAAGGCUACUGUUCCUAAGCCUGCUGUUCCUAAGUCUACUGUUCCUAAGCCUGCUGUUCCUAAGCCUACUGUUCCUAAGCCUGCUGUUAUUAAGCCUGCUGUUCCUAAGUCUGCUGUUCCUAAGCCUACUGUUCCUAAGCCUGCUGUUCCUAAGCACACUGUUCCUAAGCCUGCUGUUCCUAAGUCUACUGAGGCACCUAUAAAUGAAAUCCACCAUGUGUAUCCAACAGCUGAUGUUCCAGACCAUGUGCACUACACAAUAGGCGCCGUUAUCCUUGCAGUGGGAAUUACAGGCAUGCUGGGAAACUUCCUGGUCAUCUAUGCAUUUUCCAGGAGCAGAAGUCUCCGUUCUCCUGCUAAUAUGUACAUUAUCAACCUUGCAAUCACAGAUUUCCUAAUGUCUGUAACACAGGCUCCUGUAUUUUUUGCAACUAGCCUUCAUAAAAGAUGGAUAUUUGGAGAAAAGGGCUGUGAGUUAUAUGCCUUCUGCGGUGCGCUGUUUGGCAUCACGUCUAUGAUUACUUUGAUGGUGAUCUCUGUGGAUAGGUAUUUCGUAAUUACACGUCCGCUCGCUUCCAUCGGAAAGAUAUCCAAAAAACGGGCUGCAAUAAUCCUUUCAGGCGUUUGGCUGUAUUCCUUGGCUUGGAGUCUCCCUCCAUUUUUUGGUUGGAGUGCUUAUGUUCCGGAAGGUCUUCUGACAUCGUGCACCUGGGACUAUAUGACCUUCACUCCUUCUGUUAGAGCCUACACAAUGCUUCUGUUCUGUUUUGUGUUUUUUAUCCCACUGUUUGUUAUUAUAUACUGUUAUAUCUUUAUAUUCAAGGCCAUCAAACAUACUGACAGAGCUGUUCAGAAGAUUGGUUCUGAUGACAACAAGCAAUCUCAGAAAAAAUAUCAGAAAAUGAAGAAUGAAUGGAAAAUGGCAAAAAUUGCUUUGAUUGUCAUUCUCCUUUAUGUUAUAUCCUGGGCACCAUAUUCAACAGUAGCCCUUGUGGCUUUUGCUGGAUAUUCCAGUGUCCUUACACCGUAUAUGAACUCAGUGCCUGCGGUCAUUGCAAAGGCUUCAGCUAUUCACAAUCCAAUUAUCUACGCCAUUACGCAUCCAAAAUAUCGGAUGGCAAUCGCCAAGUACAUCCCCUGUCUGGGGUCAUUAUUGAGGGUUUCACGCAAAGACUCCAGAACGUACAGCAGUUACCCUUCCUCCCGACGUUCUACUGUUACCAGCCACUGUAGUCAGUCUUCUGAAAUCGGGGGGCAUCAUCCAAAAUUAAAGGGUCGUCUACCCUCUGUGUCAGAUAGUGAAUCGGGCUGGACUGAUACUGAAGCUGAUAUCAAUAGUAUGGCCUCCAGACCAGCCAGUAGGCAGGUAUCCUAUGAAAUGAGCAAAAGCACUUCUGAGAGCAAUGAUAUUAAAUCCAAAACUGUGCUGAAAAGUCAUGAUUCUGGAAUUUUUGAGAAGACAUCAAUGGAUGCAGAUGACAUUUCAUUGGUUGAAAUUGGCGCAGUUGAUCGAAAUUCCCCUCUUAUUAUAGGUAAAAGUCUAAAUGGCUACGGACAGCGCAGGGGAGACUCAUUCACCCGAGGAGCAUUAUCACGGAUCCCCAGCAUUGUCGUAACCUACAGCAAUGCAACAACUGCUGAACACAACACAACGCUGCCUUGUCAUAGGGUCAACAAUGAGGAUCUUCAGACUGAUGCCAAAAACGAUAUGGAUAAAAAUAAUCAGGCUGCAUCUAUAGCCACCAUCUCUACUGAGACUAUACCUGAGAUUAGCAUUACAUCGUCUCUAGGAAAUAGUCUAUAA